AGCAUUCCACCCAAGACAUUAUACGGAAUAAGACCCGAUAAGACGGAAAUAACCUAGUGUUAAAAAUAGACUGUCGCUGCAAUUGCUGCAAUCUACCCAUGACGCACCCAAGACGAACUCUGAACUCUGAACUAUGACAGGCAAAAAUUGACAGGAAAGUAGGAAAGAGAAAGUAGAAACAUUGAUUGAGUUGAUGCAAGACGAGAAAGAACAUUCUUCUAGUUCUGCUGCUGGAUCUAAUCUAGAUCUUGUUCUGAAGACAGGAUUAACAGAGUGAUAAUAAUGAUAAGAAUUAAGAUGGGAGUGCUUCUGAAAACGACCCUACCCAUUGGCAUCCUACUGCUGGCUUUUACACUGAGGGUACAUUCACUUCCUGAUGAUGAUGAUGCUGAAAAAAAUAGUCACGACGCGAGCGACGAGCAGAUUUACGAGAAUGGAAAACACUGGUACUACAGAAAAGACUUGAAGAUCAGCUGUCUCAUGUGUCAAGGCAAUGUGUACCUGGUGCACAUGUGUACCAGUGAACAGGAAGAAAGUUCAUACUGCCUGCCCUGUCCUUUUGGAUACUACCAGAAGAAGAAAUGGCAUCAGAACAGACAGUGCGUGCAAAACACCUCCCUCACACAACCAAGGUGCCCUGAUGAAAUGUAUUUUGACCAAGAUACACAGCGGUGUAGUCGGUGUCCACAGCUAUGUCCACAUGGAAUUUCUAAGCUGAGAAAAGGAUGUAGACAAGAUGGGUCUAUAUUGUGUUUAUCGACUGUCCAGAAAAGGACUAACAAAAAAUCAUAUUGGUUAUCCCGUUCCACGAACUUUGUAGUCGCUAGUGCAGCAUAAUUAACUCCCGCCUUUGCUUUUAAAAUGUAACCCUGCUGAAUAAUGGUUAUGCUAAAGUCUGAUUACAAGCUGUCACCAUAUCUUGAGAGGUAUACAAGUUCGUCGGACUCAAAAAAGAUUGAGCAAGGCAUCAGCAAUGAGACAGUGGUACCAAAACAAAAAACGACAACAGGGAGACAGAGAAAUGUAGUCAGAGUCAGCAAGGAAUUUGGAGAAUCUGUGAAGACAAAAGGUAGUCUAACACCUUUCAUCCUAACGGUAACAUUCUUAGUAGUGAGUUGGAUAAUUUUUAUAUUCAGCUCUUUUAAGAACGUAUAGCCCGGACACAUAAAGACCAACUGUAACUCUGUCUUUAAGGUAUGAGCAAGUUGAACUCUUUAUCUCCGUGAGGUGUGGG